AUCAACAAGAAGAAGCCAUUUUGAAUCAUUUACUCUGUGAAGUCGGACUAUUCGUACCGUUUUUCGUUCCUUCCUAGACUUAUACAAACUGUAAAUACACAUGUGAAUAUUCCUAAGGAUGUAUUCCUCUUGGUGGUGUGCCACCCUUGUGGGUGCCGUGUGUCUAAGCCUUGUUUCAACCACAUCGGAACCUAACGCCUUCUCACCAGUGCUAAUAAAUAACGGAGAAGCUGUCCAGACGUAUCAUGGCGUCAUUUCAGAAAAUCAGGAAACGGUGACGUUAAGCCCACCACUUUUUGCCAGCGAUAGUGAUAAAUUAGGAGGGGCAAAGUUUAUUUGUGGAUACAAAUUAUUCCGGUUGGAUGACCAACAUAUUCCGUUUGGAGUGGAGUUGAAAAAUCACACCAGCGGUGAAGCGUACUUAGUUUUGAAUCCCAAAGAAAAAUUAGAUUUUGAAAAACGGCAAAACUAUGCCUUCAGUAUAGUAGCAUACGAUUGCGGAUCUCCCGAACUGCAGUCAGACAGUGCACGCGUUCACAUCAGGGUACUGGAAGUAGCGCGGCCAUCGUGGGAAAGAGAGUCAUAUUUCGCUAAAAUUGAGGAGGGCCCUCAUGCGGAACCCCUCCUCAAGGUGACUGCAUCAGAGACGAGGACGGCCGAACAGAACAAGAUCUGCAGCUACAAAGUUAUAACGCCAAAUGUUCCUUUCGAGGUCGACAACCAAGGAAACAUCCGCCUGGCAGAAGGAGAAGACUUGAAAUACGAUGAGCAACACAAUCACAUUCUCGCUGUCGAGGCGAUCGAUUGUCAAAAUCGGACGUCGAAGCCGGUCAUGGUCAAUAUCCAGGUUUACAAGAAGUGUGACUUGGGUUGGAAGGGUAUCCCAAACAGGAUUGAAUACGAGCCUCGAUCCGGCCGCAACGCUUUUGCCGAGCACGCCAAAUUCGACAAAUGUGAAGUCCCAUGCGAGCCGGAGCGAGUGUCCUCGUCCGUUUUCCUGACGACGAAGCAUAUCGGCAAGGGAUGCGAUCGCGAUACCUACUCGAUCAAGUCACAGAGGAAGCUUUGUGAAGAUUUAGGUGAUAAUGGAGCAAGUGCAGGCAGUGUGGAUCUGUUGCCUACCCCCGAUCUCUUCUCCUCCUGGACCAAAGACCUCCCCCACGACGACGGCAAGGAGAGCGACCAGAUCUACGCGUUCGACGGGAAGACCAAUGCGGUGCAGAUUCCCGACGGCAAGAUCAACCACACGAUGGGCAGUCACUUCACCGUCAUGGCGUGGCUGAAGCAUGAGCAGAAUGUCGAGGAUACGAAGCGCGGAGAGAAGGAGCACAUUAUGUGUAAUGCCGACGGUGAAGAGAUGAAUCGCCAUCAUUACUCCGUGUUCGUCCACAACUGCCGUCUGGUGUUCCUCCUGCGCCAAGAGUACAGCAAGGGUCACCUGAACAUCUUCAAGCCCGCCGAAUGGCGCUGGAGGAUUCCAGAGAUCUGCGACAACGAGUGGCAUCACUACGCCAUCAGCGUCGAUUUCCCGCAGAUCCGCCUCUACAUCGACGGCAGCCCGUUCAUCGAGACCAAGCGGAACCCCGAGAUCAUCGACGACUGGCCACUCCACAAGACCAAGGAAAUUCACUUCACCAAGCUUGUUGUUGGUGCCUGCUGGCAGGGCGGGGAAAAGACACUCAGCCAGCACUUCAAGGGCUACAUGGCCGGCCUCUCGAUCCUCCGUGGCAAAACGGAGAGCGACCGCGUCAUCAAGUGCCUGAAUAACUGCAAGGAGAAACUGGACUUCCACGCCGUCUACCUGAUGGACGGUGGUAUGUCGAUUUCCUACAACAGCGAGAUGACCCAGAUCAGCAUCAACGGACACAAUAUCACGGAGGUGCAGCGCAUCUUGUCGCAAGUUGGCUACAUCAAUUUCCGCACGUUCCCAACACCUGGUAGACGAAACCUCAAGAUCACGACGAACAUCAAGUGCAAGAACAGCGGCGUUAUCAAGGUACCCGACGUAAACAGCUACAUCCAGGUCCUCGACGGCCAGACUCCCAAGAUCACGAUCGGCGGCAUCAAGACGUUGGCAAAGAAGGAGGAAGAACUCGAAAAGAUCGGCCAGCAGAUCUUCCCCGACUUGAUCAUCAUGACCUCUAUGGGCGCGGAGAAUGAGAAGGAGACGAAGGAAAAGACGGCAGAGAGAUUCGCGUCGUAUUUGUUCAAGAGCAAGGUGUUUGCAAAUGCUGAACCUCCGCAGCCACAGACAGCCGAAGACCACAAGCAAGAAUACAAGCUCGAUUCCUGCGUCGUGAAAACAUUCCCGCCAAUGUCCGCCGACGAGAAACUGAAUGUACCCGAGAAUGCCAUCCACGCCAUGGGACUUGAAGCGUCCGUCAGCAAGAGCGGAAUCGUUAUCACUGGCGCCGAUAAGAUGAUCAAUUACGAGACAGUCCUGCGCGAGGUGCACUACUUGAACAGGAAUCCAGCAGCCAUGACCAAGCGGUCGUUUACGCUGACCUGCUCGGAAUUGAACGGUCGAUUUGUUAGCAACGACUUUGAAGUCACGGUUGAGGUGAUCCACUCACUGCCCGAGGCCCACACCCAUGCAGACCAUGCCCAAGCGAACAACCAGGCCAACCACCUCCCCAACUACAAGGCUUACGAUACUAACAAAAAUACGGGUAGCACCGGUGAGCGCGUUGGAACUAAUGCUGUACAGGGAACAAGUGUAGGCAUGUUCAUCAUCAUCGUCGUGUGUGUUGGCUUCCUCAUCUUCAUGAUCAUCCUUGGCGUCAUCCGGAUCCGGACGUUCCACAAGCGUGUGCAGGUCCUGCAGGUUGACGAGAAACAAGAAAUGGAAUGGGACAACUCGGCGUUGACCAUCACGGUCAACCCGAUGGAAUCGGAUGAUAUGGGCAUGGGAGCGGGCAUGAGUAAUUUUGACGAAUUUGCCACGGAGUCCCUUGCACUCCGUGACGAUAGUGACAGCGAGGAUGACGACGGUUCAAGUUACCAUGACGACAUCGAAAGUUCAGAAGACGAGGCGGAGAAGGUCAAGGACAGCCAGUUAGAAUGGGACGACUCAACAUUGACGUUUUGAGCGAAACAAAACGUGUAAAAUGAGCGCAGAAAGCACUCGUUUUGAGACAUUGUGACAUUUUUACUCCAUCUGCAAGUUCUGUCAGUGAGCACAGUCUAUUGGAAGAGAUUAGGAUUAAAGAACAAUUUUUAUAUCUUGUGCAUAAACUUGUGUAAUUGACGAUAUAGGCUUUGCUUCGGGGCCAAGUUUGCCGAGACCGUGUGUACAUUCUAUAUGGGAAUAUGUACAGGAGGUGAUGACUUUGAGAUGAAACAGACUCUAAGUUCAUGUCAGAUUGUCGUAAUCUUAUGUGCAUUCUCUGUAGAGUUUUAUGCAGUACUUCUGGCAAGUUUGAGGUGAAUUAUACAUUCGAGGUGCUGGCCUACAUGCAUGCGCUCCAGAUAUCUCCCGUUGAAUUCAAACUUCCUGUGAUGAGAUAAGAUGCUAUCGCAAUUAAAAACCUGAAAACGGAGCUAACCAACUAGCUUUUUGAACUUCGACAUCUUGUGCUACGAUCUUCAUGACCUCACUUUUCAUCUAGAAGGCUUUAAACUGCUAUAAAAGUAAAAUAAACUUUAUAUAUUGACACUUUUGCAUGCUAUUAUGCUGCUGUCUUGGAACAAUUCAAUCACAUUGUGUAAAAAUGCCAACUUGGUGCCAACAGCUCAGCCUCGUGAGAUAUAGAAUCUGUAUAAAUUAUGAUAAUUAUGCGAUUUUCAUAUCCGGACGUCCGGGCAACAGAACUAAAGCAGGUUGUAAAUAUUACGAAAAAGCAGGUGGAGUGCACCCAGAAUUCCCCUGAGAUAAACUCUCGUGGGAAUUUUGGGUGUUGAUCAGGAAUCUCUUAGGGGUCCAUUAGUGCACUUGUGGUGCGUUCUUAAUCACAAUGAUCGUUAAAGCUUGUUUUAAUUAAUUAGUAAUAACAGUCACGAACGGGAGACUCGAUGAUUUAUAUUUCUUGUAAUCUUCAUGCACUGUAUAUUUUCACGUGGGUCGAGUAGUGUUACGGUUGAACUCUCAUGAAGUGACGAUAUUUUGAAAAAAGUGUCGAAAAACGGAAUUUAUCCAAAAAGUUACAGAAUUUGAAUAACUAUAUUACGAUUAAAAAAAUUGUUAAAAAUUACCCCAAAUUGAUAACAAAUGUUUGAUGUUUUGGUGAAAUUUUGAUUUUGUGCCUGAAACUCGUAUUUUUUGGCGAAUAUUUUGUUCGCCCUGUGUUUAUUUUUCACUUUCUUCUCAUACACUCAGUUCAUGUGGGUUCAUGAAAAUCUUUUAACUGGGAAGAGAUUCAUUUAGGAUCGGAAGUCCGGUGUGUAAAAAGUAAUUUGUGGAAACCUGCACUGGUUGUUUUGUGAUGAUUUUAUCAUCAAAGGGGCAAAAUAAACUUCAUCGAUUUAGUCUGCAUUGGGAAAGUGAAAAUCAGUUGACUGUAUCCAUUGCCUACUAUGUCCCCAUUUCUAAAAGUUGGUUUAUCCCAUUAAUUCCGGCUUGGAGAUUCCAUUAUGAAGAGGUGGGUCAAAUGUUGUAUUGAAAUGAUAAAAUGAUAAAAUUUUGAAAUUGGGUAGUUAUUUCUUUCAUAUUUCUACAAGAGUAUUUUCACUCAAAAUGAUGCAUUUAAACCACAAAGUUGUAAAUUGUGAUAAAAAAUGUUUUUAGGGGGACAAGGGGCAUAAGAUAACAGAAAAAUAUAUGUAUAAUGGGACGGAUCACUUUUAUUGAUGUAUUGUAAUUAUUAUUUGGUUAAUUAAAAAUUCGCUAAUUUGGCGGUGACCAUGAUACCAAAGGAUUGUAUAAAAUGUUCAAUCAUAGUUGCGUAAAUCUGUGGAGAUAUUCUAACCUUUGGUUAACUCUUUGAUGGAAAAACUUUAAUGAGUUAUCAAGUCCUUGUGUGAAAUCAUGUUAGUAAAUUUUAGUGUGCGAUUAUUAAUUAAUUAGAUUGCAGUUGUUGAUCAGUUAACACAGCUUCAUUGUAUUAUCUAGAAUUGGUGUUUUUAACAUUGGUUGAUAUAUUUGUACUUUAUUAUCGUAAGUAGGGAGGCAAAUUUAAAUGUCUUUCGAUUCCAUACAGUAAAACAGACAGGUUUUCAGAAACUGGACAACUUUUCUCCACCAUAAAACAAAAAUCCUAAAAAAAGGUGCCUUUCGAAAAUUUCUUUCUUUUGCUUUGAAGAUUCUGAUGUAACGUCAAUCAGAACCUUUUUAGAUUGACACUUCUAUGGACAGUCAACGCUCAUACAAACAACAUCUCAAAGUUCAUACGCUGCAUAUUCAAAUUAAUGUAUCAUGCCAUUCUGAUGUAUUUUAAGGCCGAAUUAUUCUUAUGCCGAUUCACAUGAAAUCUUACCAAAUGUACGAAAUGGGUUGGUACGAUAUGUACGAUCAUUUGUAUUUUAGUGUAUGUCACCAUAUUCUUGAAAUAUUUUGUUGUAAAGUAUUAUAUCUUUUGCCCAAAACAGGCCCAUUUCGUUUUGCAGCAACAUUAUUCUCGCUUAUAUCAAACAAAACAAUUCUUAACCCUAUCUGCCACAUCUAAAUAUCAAGAAAAAAAGACCAAGGUCACAUUUGUCAAGUUUGUGCACGUUUUAUAGAUUUUACUAUGAAUAGUUUCUGAAUCGAUUACCCUUUCUGAUCUCCUGCUAUCUCAUGAAGAUUGUCAAUAACUGCUGUGAUGCAAAAAAUCAUUUAACGUGAUCAGAUUGAAAAAUUCUUUUGAAAUAUUGGCCUGUUAUGAGCACGAAUUUCCAUUCCCUAUAAUGCAUUAACAAUUGUAUUCAAUGUAUUCACUGUCCAGAUCAUCAUAAGUUGAACAAAUCCACUGGUAUAUUGUACGCAACAAUGUACAAUGAACCACCCCAACUUACUAUGAACUGGAUAUGCUUAGAUUGGUUGGUAAUUUGUCUUACAUCGCCUAGCCUUUCAUACAGUGUGUCUCAUAAAACUGUUUGGGUAACUUGACAGUCGUCGUAAUGUCAGGGUAUGUUGACCUUGUCAUCAUGGUGGGGCAGUGCUGCUCUCAUCGAGGCAACUUUGUCGUCAUUUCUGUUAAAAAGUGUCCAAAGGAGUUGAAUUUGAGCUUUGUUGUGUACAUGAAUUUUCACCACCAAAGAAGUAUUUCGGGCUCUUGGGCUGAACUCGUUCUUCCAUCGAAGUUUCCUACUUGCAUGAAUAUUCCCACUGCGCUGAUAGACUAUUAGUCACGAAUAUCAAAAGCAGAUGGCGCUGAUUUGACAUUUGUACGAUUUUCAAAUAAAAUGCGAUUCUUUCGAAAAAACAUUGCAUGUGCAUCUUCUUUCUAUUACUUUGUUUGUGUAAAUGUUCUGUCUUAAAAGUGCACGAUAUUUCAGGAUUUCACCACUUUUCGGAAGUCGGAUGUAUUCCACGUCUUUUUCAGCAAAGGUUAUGAAAAUCGUACCACUCGCUUCAAAUCUGAAGAUUCCGAAGUAGAACUUACGCGAACUUGUGAUUUUAAAGUUAGGAAAUGCCCAAGAACCAGAAAUAUUUCUUCUCGAUUACCCCCUGAAAUCCAAAUUGAACUCUACCAAUGUAUUGAAGUUGGUAUUGAACUGUUGCGAUGUUGGGAGAGUUUAAUUGACUGCAGGGGUGAUGGGAUUCAAAAUUGUUAAAUCUAAUAAAUGGCAACUAUAAUCAUGGAUGACCGAAAUGUAUAUAAUUGAUUUUUUUCUCCUGAUUAUCAGAACUGGCAUUCUUACAAAUUUUUAUUUUUGCAUGAACGAAAACAUACAUUGGGAGGAAUUUUUUUUAGCGUUCAUUUAAUAAAAGGAAAAUAAUUUACUUAGCAAAUUUUGCGACUUUAUUCUAAAAAAAUCCUCUCGAUUUUUUUUCUUGGUUUAUUAAAAUGCAUUGUGUGUUAAAAUUGAAGUUGAAAGUGUUUUGAAAAAUUGUAGAAAUUUAUACCUGUAUACUUGAGAGAUGUGUCUGUAUUGUGACUUCUAAUGUCUGCACCAGAAUAGUGUUGAGAAUUUUUUAUUUAUAGUAAGUAACGUGCGUAGAAUGUCUCAUGUCCAUGAGAGAGUAGCAAAAAACAACAAAAAAUCUAAAAUAUUGUGAAAAUUUCAUUUUGUGAUUUACCGUACAGAUCAGGUGAUCAUCGCGUUCAUUUACAUUGAUAACUUGUCUUGUUAUUGUAAUAAUAAUAAUAACAAUAAUUAAUAAACAAUUUGUGCGAAACAAUAUUUGGUAGACUCAUAAAUUUGCUAAAAUAACUUUCUCAAUUUGUUAAGUGCACGACAUUAUUGAGCAGGUUUUUGCAGUAAAUUUUGAGCCAAUCGAACUCUAGUUGUCAUUUCAGCUGUAACUUAAUGCUUUUAACAUACACCAGGGGGCAGAAGUAGUUCUUUCAUGUGUAAUCUUGUAGGGGUCCAAGAGUUUAAACGCAAUCCGAAUCGGUGCAUUUUAGUUUUCUUUUAUAUAAAUCUGAUGCAAAAGUUUUACUGAAAAAAAGCGAUUACAAUUUUAUCAACCUGGCAAAUAUGCCAGGUUUCUUCCAACUUUUAGGAUUGUAACAAAUUGAUGGGGGCCAAAACCAAUCUCUAAUACUAAAUUGCAGCUGCAAAAAUGGACAUCUUGGUGUGCACCCUAUAUCCGCACUAGCUCACAACAGAAGUCGAUACUAUACCAUACUAUCCGGCAUAAAAAGAUUCUGCCGAACUCUUGGGCCUAUUACACGAUAAUCAGACUUUCAUUAUCUUACUUACUAUCAUCUUAAGAGAUUACUAUAAAUUAGAAACUAGAUAUCAAGUUUGUGCCAAGUUCAAAAAAUUUCCCACUUGUAUCUGUAAUUUCAACACUGGUUCCGUUCUGGACUAAACUUUUUCCUUUGGCAAACUCAAACCCUUCAGUAAAUGUACCCUUUCGAGAUUGGCCGAUGACUUGAGCGAGAUUUCUCCAGCCAUGACUAAAGUCUGUGGAAAGCUUGGAGAAAUUAUUUCUGGUGAAGUCAAAACCUAUUACUCUAGAUGGGUUUUUGGCAAAAUUGAGAUUAAAAAGACAUAGACGAUAUUUUCGGAUUAGUUGUCUGUCUUUACAAACUUUGGUGUUAGUCGAAAAGGGCCUACCUUGAAAAUGUCUCGUGUUUAUGCAUGUUAAAAUACUUUCCAAAAAAUUUGGAAAGGUCAUGAGAAAAAAAUGUAGAAAAUUUGAAAGAAACAAAACAAAAUUCAAGGUCUGUGACAUUUUUGGCCGAUCGUUUAUCUAAAAAUUCCUAAAACAAUUAAAGAAUAUUUUUCACCGUUUACAUCUGAGGUGAAUUUUACUUAUAUGCGAUUUUAGUUUUGAGCGACGUUUUAAUUAAAAAUGUUAAACAGUUUUAAUCAAAUUCUGUUUCUUUCUAACCAGGUGUUUUUAUCACAAGAUUUCCAUCUAUCGUAUAAUUUGGGUGCCCCCUGGUGUCAACUUCAUGUACCAUUCUUUUGUCUUCCCAGUAAAUAAAACACCUGGUACUGAUA